GUAAUCAUGGAGCCAUGGGGUUACAAAAUUUGGUAUUGAUAGCUUUUACGGUUGCAUUGGUUGAUGGUGGAAGUGCUUUCGUUCAGCGAAAUGCCACUCAUUUUAUUCUAAAUGGGAAGCCAUAUUACUUGAAUGGCUUCAAUGCCUACUGGUUAAUGUACAUGGCAUCUGACCCUUCUACAUCUUCCAAAGUUACUUCCAUUUAUCAACAAGCUUCUCAACAUGGUUUAAACGUUGCAAGAACAAUGGCCUUUAAUGAUGGAACUUACAGAGCCCUUCAAAUUUCUCCUGGUUCUUAUGAUGAAACUGUGUUUAAGGGACUAGAUUUUGUAAUAUCAGAAGCAGGAAAAUAUGGGGUACGAAUAAUACUGAGCCUGGUGAAUAAUUGGAAAAGUUUUGGAGGCAAAAGUAAAUAUGUGGAAUGGGCAAGAGAACGUGGCCAGAAUGUGAGCAACGAUGAUGAUUUCUUUACACACCCCGUUGUUAAGCAAUAUUACAAAAACCAUAUUAAGGUUAUGCUCUCGAGAAAUAACACAAUAACCGGAAAAAUAUAUAAAGAUGACCAAACCAUUUUUGCAUGGGAACUUAUGAAUGAACCUCGUGUCCAAAAUGACUUAUCAGGAAAAUCAUUUCAGGUUUGGGUGAAUGAGAUGGCAGCUUAUGUGAAAUCCCUUGAUAGCAAUCAUUUGCUGGAAAUAGGGCUUGAAGGGUUCUAUGGUGAAUCAAUGCCACAAAAGAAACGGUUCAAUCCUGCUGGAUUCCAAAGUGGAACUGAUUUUAUUUCCAACAACCAACUUCCUCAAAUUGAUUUUGCUACCAUUCAUCUCUAUCCUGAUCAGUGGCUAGUGGGCUUCAACGAGACAGCCCAAAAUGUAUUUGGUGACGAAUGGGUCAAAGCUCACAUCGAAGACUCGAGUGAUGUUUUAGGAAAGCCCAUUGUGCUAACCGAGUUUGGGUUUUCUUCAAAAUCAUAUGAAUAUAGUGUAGGAAAAAGGGAUAAUUAUUUUGAGAAACUAUAUAAUAUGAUAUAUAGCAGUGCCAGCAGAGGGGGCCCAUGUGCAGGUGGGCUUUUCUGGCAACUCCUGGCAGGAGAUAUGAGUGGCUUUGGGGAUGGCUAUGAAGUCAUCUUUGGAGAGAGCCCCUCAACGACCAAUAUCAUCACACAACAAUCAAAGAACAUGUUUAAUAUCAAAUAGUAUUAUGUCAAAAGGAAAAAAACAAUCCAUUCUUCUUGACCAUCACAAAUUCAUCAUGGUUAUCAAUACCAUAAUAUGGAUAGAAAAGAGAAAAUAGAGAAACAAGUUCUCUUUUAAACGAUAAAUGUUCCUUUUCAUUAUACCCUACUUCUUAUUUGCACUGUUGGG